CUCCCGCGCGCGUUGUUUUUACUCAGAUAGGCUCGAGAGAGGGUUCAACGACUCCCAAGGACUGGAGGGGGUCGAUUCUUAUCGCGGUUUCAUUUAAGCGGAAGCCAAUGUUUACUAACAGCCACUGCGAAACCCUCCGACUACGCCUCGGAGCUUGUACCAGAGAGAACUUGUGAGGUGCGUCAGGCAGUCAAGCCAUGUUGUCCGGUGCCCUGCUGGUCACCGUAGCGGCCUUCGCCGUCGCGGAGACCGAUCCGUCGUGCACAGAGUCCCACAGACAGUCUUAUCAGGUCCAGAACAUCCACUGUUCCGGCUUCGACAACCCCGAGCUACUGUGGAACGCCGUUCCGAGAGACCUGGACUUGCCGAAGACGAGACUCGUCCUCCGGGACAGCGUCCUGGACUACUUUCUUCCGCAGACGUUCGCCGAGACCAACGCCACCCACCUCAAGCUGAGCAACGUCACCGUGGGCAGAUACGUGCGGGGUUGGUUGCAGCGAUACUAUCCCUUCGAAGGGCUCGAGGACACGCUCGAGGUUUUCGAGCUUGCGGACGACAGCACGUUCCCGGAUAGCUGGACCCUGCUGAGCGACAUGCGGUUGCUCACGGAACUCAGGCUGGUCAACAUGAACGGCCUGAAACUGUCGAGCAACUUUGCCCAGCUGCCGCGUACGCUGAGCCACGUGGCGGUGAUAAGGUCGACCAUAGAGAGCGUUGACGACGACUGGCUGGCGUCGCUAACGAACUUGGAGAAAGUAUCCGUGAUCAAGUGCAACUUGGUGAAGUUCUCGCGCACGAUGCUGCCGCGUCCUGCGCCCAAGCUGUGGCGACUCAUACUCGACCACGCCAACCUGACUUCGCUGCCGCUGGACUUUGCCGAAGAGCUCCCGGGACUUCUGGAAGUCGGGCUGCGACACAACUUGAUCACGUCUUUCAGAGACGCCACACUUUUGCCGCUGGCUCGAAACGGAACAAGGGUCAGCCUAGUAGGAAACCCCUUGCAGUGCGACUGCAAAGCGGCAUUCCUCCUCGACUUGCCGGACGACUGGCACUACCCGACCUGCGCUGCUCCCGAUUCCUUGCUCAAUAGAAACAUCAAGGAGCUGACCUCUGUUCAGCUAAGCUGCGACGCCACCACAGGUCCCUUGGCUGAAGCGACCUCUACGGAAGAAGGAAACGAGACUUCUUAACCGUAAAACGCCGGUGUAUUGCUUCGAACGCGCAAUAAUAAGAAAGAUUUAGCGUAUAUCGCCAAAUGCAGGUGCUGCAGGCUUUCACGUCUUCCAGGAACGAGCAGAAACUCACUUUGCUUAUAGCUUACGCCAUCACUAGAAGCUGGGUAUGCGCUCUGCAUGACUCAAGACAUCUUCCCUGAGUUGACAGCGAAGAAAUAAACGAAAAUCAUUCAGCGGUAAAGCGUGUUAUUGUGUCGAAGAGUGACAUCAGAUCAUUUUCUAACCUUCUCGAAUUUGCUUCGGUGUCUAUUGUAAAACAUAUUCAGCGAAGAAAGAAUGCAUAGGAGAUGCAUUUCAUAGCGGGAAGGCAGGUUCAGCUUCAACUAAUGUUGGAAACGACAUAAAAGCCGAAGAACGCCAAACGAUAACUUAUAAGGCACACUUUGAAUCAAAAUUGCUUUAUUG